GCCCCGUCCCGGCCUGGCCGGUCCAGCCGCCUCUCGUCCGGGCGCGCCUCGUCACCCCGGCCGGCAGAGGCGUUCGCCGGAGCUUCCCCGCUCCCUCGCAGCCAUGGCUCAGCACUUCUCCUUGGCCGCCUGCGACGUGGUCGGCUUCGACCUGGACCACACUCUGUGUCGCUACAACCUGCCCGAGAGCGCGCCGCUCAUCUAUAAUAGCUUUGCUCAGUUCCUGGUCAAGGAGAAAGGCUACCAUAAGGAAUUACUCACUGUGACCCCUGAGGACUGGGAUUUCUGUUGCAAGGGAUUGGCAUUGGAUCUGGAAGACGGAACCUUCAUAAAACUUGCAGAUGAUGGUUCUGUGCUUAGGGCAAGCCAUGGCACCAAGAUGAUGACUCCAGAGGCACUGGCAGAGGCGUAUGGCAAGAAGAAGUGGAAGCACUUCGUGUCGGACACUGGCAUGCUUUGCCACUCAGGGAAGUAUUAUUUUUAUGAUAACUACUUUGACCUGCCAGGAGCUCUUCUGUGUGCCAGAGUGGUGGACUCUUUAACAAAGAACAACAGUGAUCAAAAAACAUUUGAUUUUUGGAAGGAUAUAGUUGCUGGUAUACAACACAAUUUUAAAAUGUCAGCCUUUAAGGAAAACUGUGGACUCUAUUUUCCAGAAAUAAAAAGAUAUCCAGGCAAAUAUUUACACAGAUGUCCCGAAUCUGUAAGAAAGUGGCUUCGGCAGCUGAAGAAUGCUGGGAAAAUUCUUUUGCUAAUUACCAGUUCUCAUAGUGAUUAUUGCAGACUUCUCUGCGAAUAUAUCCUCGGGAAUGAUUUUGCUGAUCUCUUUGACGUUGUGAUUACAAAUGCGCUGAAGCCGGGUUUCUUCUCCCAUGUACCAAGUCAGAGGCCUUUCUGGACGCUGAAGAAUGAUGAGGAGCAGGACGUGCUGCCGUCUCUGGAUAAACCCGGGUGGUACUCCCAAGGGAACGCUGCCCAACUUUAUGAGCUUCUGAAGAAAAUGACUGGCAAGCCGGAACCCAAGGUUGUUUACUUUGGUGACAGCAUGCACUCAGAUGUUUUCCCAGCUCGUCACUAUAGCAACUGGGAGACUGUUCUCAUCCUGGAGGAGCUCAGAGGACAAGAAGUUGGGAAUCCUGAGGAGUCGGAGCCUCUAGAGAAGAAAGGGAAAUUUGAAGAACCAAAGGCAAAACCUUUAAAUACUUUGUCGAAAAAAUGGGGCUCUUUUUUUAUUGAUUCCAUUUCGGGACUGGAAAAUACAGAAGACUCCUCGGUUUAUACGUGGUCUUCUAGGAGAAUACAUACCUACAGCACUAUUGCAAUUCCUAGUAUUGAAGCAAUUGCAGAGUUACCCUUGGACUACAAAUUUACGAGAUUCUCUUCUAGCAAUUCAAAAACAGCUGGCUAUUAUCCAUUGGUUCAUUAGACCAUUGGUAGUAGAUCAGUAGUCUUAUCAAAUGAUGAAACACUGACAGCUAAGUAUUGUUACUUAAAGGCCCACAUAUGCAGCAAGAACACUGUAAAAAAAGAAGAAGAAGAAGAAGAAUUUUCAGGAAACACUGUAAAUGCUUUGUAACAAAUUUUUAAUGAAAACUGACCAAGAAAUUGAUACAUGUUUGUAGGUCUCCUUUUUAUAUAAAUCAGUUUGAUGUUUAAUAGCUGUAACUUAAAGUCUCAUCAUCCUACAACUAAAAAAGAACUUUAGUGAUAUUUUUAUACCAAUAGCUUUGAGAUCAGAAUUCACCUUGGGGAUGAUACAUAGAUUUACACAUAUGUCUAGUCUGGUGGAUUUGGGAGUGUGGUCCACAGAACAAUAGCAAAGUGUAACUAGCACAGGGGACCUGAGAACUUCAUCAUGAAUAUCUGUGGGCCCCAUUCCAGAACUACUGAAUUAGAAACUCUGGAACUGCUGCCCCGCAAUGUGUGUUUUCAGAAGCCAUCCAGGUGAUUCUAAUUCAGUGUCCAAUUUGAGAACCAGUGUCCUUCAUUGGUCUUAGUAGAUAGUAGCUGAAUAUUGAUGUACAUCUUUUCAAUGUCCCAGGAAAGAGCAGCCAUAGUUGAGAACAGCUGAUCUAUAUUGGUUCCUUCAGUUUAUAUCCGCUGAGUCCAAUGAGCUGAUUUAUUUCUCCCAGCUAUUAGGUUUUAUGUUGUUCCUGUGUUUUCCAAAACAAGGAACUAGAGACAUGAUCUCUGAGAUGAUAGUAUGGCACAGACAUGGUACUGAAGCCAUUAUCUUAGCCUAUUCUCAUCUCUUAGAUUCCUGCUCCCCCAUAAUGCUAAAGAUUAUUUAAUCAAUUCUUAAUAACUUCAUGGCAUGUAUGCUCAAAUGAGGCAAAAAUUGGCUGUUGAUAUGAAAAGCAAUAUUAAAUAAUACAUUGUAUUGUAACCUUCUAAAAGUGAACCCAUGCUCUACAAUUUUAUUCUGUAUCAGUUUUUAAUCUUUGGGAGGAACUCUAAUAUUAAAAGUUUAUGGUUGGGCUAAAUUUUUCUACAGAGGAUGAUAAUGAAUAAACUGGUUGAUAAAAAUUACUAUAAGAAGAUUUAGAGAUAUACUGUAAUCCAGAAUUGUUGUGUUCUAUCUGCUGUGUAUAGACACUAGUAGAUAUUUGGAGCCAGAUAGUAUUUAAAAUGAUCAUUUAUAUCCCAAACAUACUUGUGGGGAUGAGUUUCUCAGGGUAGGGCAAAAGAGAAUUUUUUCAUCCAAGUAGCUUUGUUUUGUAUCUAUCUGUAGAUAUAUGGUGAUAUAUUUGGCAUUGAUCUACUGUCAUUGUAAUAUUAUAAUUAGCAUACAUCAUCAGACUUUGAGCUUAGUAAAAGAUGUCAUUUUCCUGUGUCUUUUAAAUAGACACUUGAUUUUGUUUCAAAAUAGUUAUUUUUCUUAUUUAUUUAUGUUUAUUGCUUCAAUGGCAAAGUAUUCUUUCAGUGUUUAUCAACUACUCUGAAUAUGAAAUAUGAGAGUCCCAAAUAAGUGUAGCCAUUGAGGAGUAGACAUUUUUUUUUUUAAACUCGGGUCAGAAGUUCUACUUUUGUCAGUACCUGCCUGAAGACUUGAAAAAGCUACCAUUUAAUUUGGCCACUUUUUUCCAUGAUG